CCAGAGCCCUGCACUAGUGCUUGCGUUCUCCCACUCUUCAGCGACCAUGACGUCCUUCGCCCUCCUGCUGGUGGCCGCCGGGGUCCUGUCCUCGGGACUGCUCCAUCGCAGGGUCUCAGCUGCGUCCAGCGACGUCACCCAGGCCAACGCCUUGGCAGAUGCGCUGCUGCUGUCCAUAAGGACAACCCCGUCGGCUUACAGCCUCGAGCCGUACAAUCUCGACGACAUCGAGGAUGACUUCAAAGUGCUGUUCGUCACGUACAAACUGUACUUGAAUAACGGCUCCGUCAGCGGGGCCAGCAACGUGACCAGGGUGGGCGACGUCUCGGCCUCCUACAACAGCACGACCAAGAUGGAGAACAUCACCGUGGGACUCUACUUCAAUAACAUCAAUUACACCGGGGACUACCUGGCCACGGGACCGCUUCUGAACGACGGGGGAAGCUUGAACGCCACCAUCGCGCCUCUGUACGCCGAGCUCAACUUCCUGGCCAACCGCACCGUCGCCUCGGCCACCACUCUGCACGUCCAGGAGCUCACUCUGAAGAACAACGGGACAUUCACGUUGCACGUCGAGAAGAACAACGCCAUCAGCGAGUGGAUCCACAACGCCAUGGCGAAGAUCCUGCUGAAACUUUUCAAGGGCAAGAUCCUCCACCUGAUGGAGAACAACAUGGUCUCUCUCCUGAACACCGCCUUGCGUAACAUGACCUUCAACAUCUGAGCCCAGCGGCCCGUAGCUGUGCGGCGUGUCUCGGAGUCUGUGAAACUUGAUUGACAAAAAAUAAAACAUCGACAAUCA